AUGGAGGUGAGCGACAGGGACGUGGAGAGGGGGGAGGUGGAGCUCCUGGUUCCUCAUGGCGGCGACCUCGAGCGGACGGAGAGGGUCUUCCUCUCGAACAUAGACCAGACGGUGGCUUUCCCCGUGGAGACUGUCUUCUUCUUCAGGGCCUCGCCGGGAGACACCCUAAACGUGAUCGACAGAGUGAAGAGGGCAGUCUCAGUCGUCGUCUCCGGUAAGUACUACUUCAUGGCCGGCAGGCUGGCGCUGGACUCCUCGUCGACGAGGCUGGAGCUCCUCUGCAACAACGCCGGCGUCCCCUUCGCCGGCAGCGAGUCACGGCUGAGGAUGGCGGAGCUCGGCGACGUCUCCCUCCCCAACCAAUCGUUCCAGCGGCUCGUCCUCCGCACCGUCGGUGGCGCCGCCGCCGGCGAGCUCUCUGAGGCCACCGUCUUCACCGUUCAGGUGGGUAUCGCCGCCGCAAAACCCUCCUCCGGCGAAGCCAGUUUCAUGCAGCGGCGGUGCAGGUCACGCGGUUCAGCUGCGGCGGCUUCUCGGUCGGCUUCGUCACCAACCACUGCGUCCUCGACGGCCGCUCGGCGGCGGACAUGUUCGUCGCCAUCGCCGCCGUCUGCAGGUACAGCAUCCACACCGGACACGGAAGACGCAGGUACUUUUAGCUACUACGUUUCUGAACGGCAGGCGGCGGCGCCGCCAUGCAUGCAGGGGGGAGAGCUUGAAGUCCGGCGGGAUAUGCAACGACAGGAGCUGCCUGAGAGCGAGAGACCCCCCGCAGAUCGACUACAUGCACAACGAGUACACGGAGCAGAGCAACGGCGGCGGCGCCGCCCUCCCGCCGUCGUCGUUCACCUCUCCCGGCCGGUCUUCCGCCGCCGCUGCCGGCCGACAAGACGAGCUCUGCUACCGGGUCUUUCCCUUCUCCGGAGACGACAUACGGCGCCUCAAGGAUCGCGCCGCCGCCGGCGACGGGAGGUCCUCCACCUUCGAAGCGCUGGUGGCGCACAUCUGGAGGGCGAGGACCAGGGCGGUGCUUCGGCGGCCCGAGGAGGCGUCCACGGUGGUGUUCGCGGUGGACGUGCGGUCGAGGAUGUCGCCGCCGCUGCCAGAGGGCUUCGUGGGGAACGCCGUCGCGGCAGCGGCGGCGAGCGCGGCGGCGGCGGAGGUGGUGGAGAACCCGAUCUCCUUCUGCGCCGAGAAGGUGAGGGAGGCCGUGGGGAGGGUCACGGACAGGUACGUCCGCUCCGCCGUGGACUGGCUGGAGGUGCACCGCGGGGUGCCCGCGACCGGCGCAGGCGGGUUCUUCGUCUCCGCCUGGUGGAAGCUCCCCUUCCACGAGCUGGACUUCGGGCACGGCCGGCCGGUCUACGGGGGGCCGGUGGCCAGCCCCAUGGAGGAGUUCGUGCUACUCCUACACGGCGGCGCCGCUGCACACGGCGGCGGAAUCAGCGUCUGGGUGAUGCUGGAGCGGGGGAAGAUGGAGAAGCUCACCACCUACAUGGCGGAGAUUUAA